AUGGCUUCUUACACAGAUCUUUACAUGAUAGGCUUUAUAUUUUUACUCAUCAUCUUUCACACUUACUACCUCUACCUCCGUAACCGCCGUUUAUCCUCUCCAAACUCUCUUACAACCACCACUCUCAUUGAAGAACGUCUUGACUCUUCUGUUCUUAAAUCUCUUCCAACCUUCACUUACUCCUCCUCCAUUGUCACUCUUCAUGACUGUGCUAUCUGCUUGUCAGAGUACACCGACGGCCAUGAAUGCCGCAUGCUUCCAAAUUGUAACCAUGUUUUUCAUUACCAAUGUAUCGAUGCAUGGUUUACUUCUCACUCUAAUUGUCCUCUCUGCCGAGCUCUGGUCCAACCGGUGUCGGUCGACUCUCACACUGAACCGGGUUCUGUUUCAGGUUUAGGAGAACCGGGUGAGGGUAGUUGGUAUUUUCCUGAACCGAUUGGGAGUCCGAGAAGGCUGUUUAGAGUAAUUGUUGAGUUACCAACAGAGGUUUCGAAUUUUGGACGUGUAUUCUCCUGA